GCUGGGAGAGCAGCGCCAGGCGGGGGAGCCCGCGCGCCAGAAGCCAGGCUCAGGCAACUGCGCCUCGGCAAUUUCCGUCUCUACUGCUGUCUGCUUCCCCAACAUGGCAGCGGUGGCGGGAGGCGGCACCAGGGCUCCUGGGCCGAGCCUGUCAGGGCCGCACGGCAGCAGGGACCGGACCGUGUUCCUGUUCGACCGGCGCCGGGAGCAGGGGGACCCCAAGGAGAAAGUGCUGAGCUGCGGCGAGGAGACCUACCGCGGCUUCCGCCGCGCCGUGUGCCAGGCACUCUGCAUUUCUUCUGACGAUAACUUUGUUAUCACAACCACCAAUAGAAAAGAGGUUACAGAUGACAACUUCAGUGAAAUUGUUCAAGAAGGGGUUACUUUGUAUUUGCUACAGUCAGUUGAUCAGACACUACUUUCAGCAACAAAGGAGCGAAUUGACUUCCUACCACACUAUGACACACUUAUCAAAAGUGGCAUGUAUGAAUAUUAUGCUAGUGAAGGGCAAAAUCCUUUGCCAUUUGCCUUUGCUGAGUUGAUUGACAAUUCUUUGUCAGCUACUUCUCGAAAUACUGGUAUUCGAAGCAUACAGAUAAAAUUGUUAUUUGAUGAGUCUCAAGGAAAACCAGCUGUUGCCGUGAUUGAUAAUGGAAGAGGGAUGACUUCUAAGCAGCUUAACAACUGGGCUGUGUAUAGAUUAUCAAAGUUUACAAGACAAGGUGAUUUUGAAAGUGAUCAUUCAGGAUAUGUACGCCCUCCGCCAGUCCCUCGCAGCUUAAAUAGUGACAUCUCAUAUUUUGGUGUUGGAGGCAAACAAGCUGUGUUCUUCAUUGGGCAGUCUGCCAGAAUGAUAAGCAAACCUGCAGAUUCUCAUGAUGUCCAUGAGCUUUUCCUUUCUAAAGAGGAUUUUGAAAAGAAGGAGAAAAACAAAGAAGCAAUAUAUAGUGGAUACAUUAGAAACAGAAAGCCAUCUGACUCUGCUCAUAUCACCAGUGAUGAUGAACGAUUUCUACACAAUCUCAUAAUGGAAGAAAGGGACAAGAAGAGUUUCACUGCGGUUGUCGUUACAGGUGUACAACCUGAUCACAUGCAGUACUUGAAAAACUAUUUUAAUCUUUGGACAAGGCAAUUGGCACAUAUCUAUCAUUACUAUAUCCAUGGACCAAAAGGAAAUGAAACUAAUGCUACAUUGAAAGAAGCUGGACCUUUCAACAACAUUGAUAUUGAGAUUUUGAUGUUUGAAAAAGGAAAGGUACCUAGGAUGGUCAACCUUAGAGAGAUCAAAGAUGAUAUGCAGACAUUAUAUAUAAAUUCUGCGGCAGAUAGCUUUGAGUUUAAGUCACAUGUUGAAGGAGAAGGUAUAGUGGAGGGCAUCAUCCGCUACCAUCCUUUCUUAUAUGAUAAAGAAACAUAUCCUGAUGAUCCAUGCUUUCCAUCACGAUUAAAAGAUGACGACGAUGAUGACUGCUUUGUGGUAGAAAAAGGGGCCAGGGGAAAAAGGCCUAUUUUUGAAUGUUUUUGGAAUGGAAGGUUAAUACCAUACACAAGUGUAGAAGACUUUGAUUGGUGUGCUCCUCCCAAGAAGAGGGGACUUGCACCAAUUGAAUGCUACAAUCGAAUUUCUGGCACAUUAUUUACCAACGAUAAGUUUCAGGUCAGCACAAACAAGCUUACUUUCAUGGACCUGGAACUGAAGUUAAAAGACAAAAACACUCUUUUUACAAGGGUCUUCAAUGGACAGGAGCAGCGAAUGAAAAUUGACAGAGAAUUUGCUUUGUGGCUCAAAGACUGCCAUGAGAAAUAUGACAAACAGAUAAAAUUCACACUAUUUAAAGAAAUAAUUACACGUACUGACUUGACCUCCAAAAGAAUGCAAAGUCCUUGGGCUACAUAUUCUGCAAUAGAGUGGGAUGGGAAAACGUACAGAACUGGACAGUUGGUGAAAACAAUUAAAACUCUUCCAAUAUUUUAUGGAAGUAUCUUGAAAUUUUUUCUAUAUGGAGAUCAUGAUGGGGAUGUGUAUGCUACAGGAGGAGAGGUUCAACUUGCUCUGGAACCUCAAGCAUUGUAUGAUGAAAUAAAAAUUAUUCCAAUCUCAAAACUUGACAGAGCAAUGUCUGAAAAAGUUGUUAAAAAAUACAUUGAAGAUGAAAUGGCAAGAUUUCCUGAUAGAUUGUCAGUAACGUGGCCUGAAGGAGAUGAGCUCUUACCAAAUGAGACCAAGCUUGCUGGUACACCGAUAGGAGCAUUAAGAAUUGAAAUAUUGAAUAAGAAAGGAGAGGCAAUGCAAAAACUUCCAGGUACAAGCCAUGGAGGGUCAAAGAAACUGCUUGUUGAACUAAAGGUUAUUUUGCACUCUCCUGUUGGGAAUAAGGAAAUCAUUUCUCACAUUAGUCAACAUGGGGGUAAAUGGCCUUACUGGUUUAAGAAAAUGGAAAAUAUUCACAAACUUGGGAGCUACACACUGAAACUGCAAGUCGUGUUGAAUGAAAGUAAUGCAGACACUUAUGCAGGAAGGCCUCUACCAUCUAAAAUAUUUAAAUUUAAUAUUGUAGAGGGGAAACCAGAAAAAUUUUCAGUGAGUCUUUUGGAUCCUCCAUUUCGAGUUGGAGUACCUUUUAAUAUUCCUUUGGACUUGCAGGAUGAAUUUGGUCAUCCCACACAGCUGGCAACUGAUAUUGAGCCAAUUCUUGAAGCUAGUGGUUUGACUUUACAAUAUGAAGAAAUAAGUAGAGGAACAAAUUGCGUCAUUAAGGGUGUCACUGCUAAAGGCCCCGUGAACAAUUACCUGGGCAAGAAUUUCAAUCUGAAGGUUAUUCUUCCUGGUUUGAAAGAAGAUUCACAGAUCUUGAAAAUAAGAUUAUUGCCUGGCCCUCCUCAUCAAUUGAAAGUGAAACCUGAUUCUGAAAUGCUUAAGAUUGAAAAUGGGACAUCUUUCCCCUUUCAGGUUGAAGUGUUGGAUGAAGCAGGAAAUAUAACAGCACAGCCAAAACUGAUAGUUCAUUGUAAGUUUGUAGGUGCUCCAAAUCUUCCUGUGUAUGCCGUGGAUUGCAGUAAUGCUGGGACAAAUAUUUUAACUGGACCAGUUGUGCAUGUACAGAAUAUAAAGAAAGACCAGAUGCUCAAAGCAAGGAUUGAAAUACCUAGUUGUAAAGAUGUGCCACCAGUGGAAAAGACUAUUAAACUGCUCCCCAGUAGCCAUGUUGCAAGACUACAGAUUUUUAGUGUAGAAGGAGAAAAGGCUAUUCAAAUCAAACACCAGGAUGAAAUUAACUGGAUUGCAGGGGAUGUCAUGCAGAACCUUAUCUUUCAAAUGUAUGAUGAAGGAGAAAGAGAGAUCAUCAUAACUUCAGCUCUAGCAGAAAAAAUUAAGGUUAACUGGACACCCAGGAUUAACAGAGACCAAAUGAUUCAGGGACUACUGCCUGAUGUCAAAGUACCAACAUCUGUAAAAGAUGUGCGUUAUUGCCUAAUUACAUUCCAUGAUGACCAUGUAUCUUUGGAGAGUGCAUUUACAGUCAGACCACUUCCUGAUGAGCCUAAACAUAUUAAAUGCAAAUUAAAAGGACCAAAUACAUUACAGAUGGGUGAAGAGCUACAAAGUGAAAUUGAUGUGAUGGUUACAGACCAGUAUGGGAAUCAGAUUCAGACCCUCUCAGCCGCUUGCAUAAAUUCCUUAGGAGUUUCUGGGAAUGGGCUGGAUAAAUCAAAUUUGAAAACUAUGUGGCAGGAAAGUACACAAACCAUGGCAGUCAAAGGUAUUAGGUUUUAUCCAGGUCCUCCUGGAAGCAAAGAACUGUGUUUUGCUUGGCGUGAAUUUUCUGAUUUUCUCAGAGUAAAUUUGACUUCAGGACCUCCAGUUAAACUACACCUUAUGGAUUGGCCAGAUUUAGGGGAGCCGAUUGCAGUAAUUAAUGGCAGAGAACUGCAGAAGCCUCUGAUAGUUCAGCUCUGUGAUCAGUGGGAAAAUCCAUCUCCUGAACCAAAUGUCAAAAUCAAUCUUGUAAAGGCUAGCAACUUAAAGAUCAUUCCUUCAAGCCAACAACAUAAAACAGAUGAAAAUGGUAGGGCUAAUCUGGGAAUAAUUAGUAUUCAUGCACCCAGGGGAGAGCAUACGUUACAGCUUAAAGCCUCAUACAACAGGAACACAUUAGAUUGCCCUAUAAUCAAGUUCAAUGUCCUGCCUGACCCUGAGAAACCUGUAUGUUUGAAUGUUAAGUAUGACAAAAAUGCUUCUUUUGCAGCAGGAAGUACCUUCCCUGAUUUUAUGGUUAGUGUAAUUUCUGAAGAUAGCAACAUUAUUAAAAAUAUUAAUCCAGGCCGGGUUUCUAUGAAAAUAUGGGAAGGACAAAGCAGUGGAAACAGAGUACCAGCUAAUGUUACAACUCUUGGCUGUAGUAAAGUCAAGGAUGGCAAGGAUGAAGGCUUCUUUUACUUCAGGGAUAAAAUGGUUCCAGAGAGAGUGGGAACUUACAGCAUCCAGUUUGCUUUUGCGAUUGAUAAGACAAAUAUACUCAGCAGUGAACAGAUUAUAAUUGAAGUGGUAGCUAAUAUUCCAGUGCAGUUGCUACCAGAAUCUCUACCAGCUACUCCUGUAGUUUCUAAUGUUCGAACUGUUGCCAGCCGGACUCUGAUCAAGGAUUUAUGCCUCCAUAUAAAGGAUGAAUACAACAACCGUACAGGAAAUGAUUUGGUUGGCAAGAUAAUAGCUGCAAUUAAGAGUUCCAGUGAAGAAGAUACAGAGAUCCCAGUCUUUCAGGGGAAAGUUAAAACAAUUGAGUUUCCAUUUAACAGAGGAUCUGCUGAAAUCGUUAAUCUAGUGCUGGCAGAAAAUAGCCCUGGAAGAGAUAGCACUGAAUAUAUUCUUGAAUUUGAGGCAGACUUACCAGCUUUGGCAAAACCUCUGGAACCAUACCGUCUAUCAUUUAUGUUUUACAAUGAUUUUAAGAAACAGCAGCGGAUGGCAACGCUUACAAGAGAGAGAGAUGAACUAUCUAAGUCAAUAGCUGUAUACAGAAAUAUGUUUGAUACCACUGAGCAGCUUAUAACUGAAAUUAAAUAUCAGGUCCAGGAAGCUGAAACAAAACAAUCUCACCUGAAGAAUGAACUGAAAAAGCAUCAAAUUGAUAUUCCACAGACAAGCAUAUUGCAAUAUGUUGAUUCUCUCAUAAAACAAAAGAUGUUGGAGCAGGAAGGAGUAAAGAAAUCUCCAAGAAGAGCAUGUACCCUUUCAAACUAUCCCAAAGACAAUCAGGAUAUUUUAGGGAAGAUUGCACAUUUAGCACAGAUUGAGGAUGACAAAGCAGCGAAGGUCAUCUCUUGGCAUAUGGCUAGUGAUAUGGACUGUGUAGUCACCCUAACUACUGCUGCUGCUCGUCGUAUCUUUGAUGAAACCCAGGGUCGACAGCAAGUCUUGCCUCUUGAUUCUGUUUACAAGAAGACUCUCCCGGAUUGGAACAGGACUUUACCUCACUUACGAAAUGGAAGAAAUCACUUCAGACCUAUUGGAAACCCUGUAUUUGCCAGAGAUUUGUUAACAUUUCCAGAGAAUGUAGAGCAUUGUCAGAUAGUGUUCGGGAUGCUCUUAGGUGACACCAUCAUUAUUGACAAUUUGGAUGCUGCCAAUCAUUACAGAAAGGAGGUUGUAAAAAUCACACAUUGCCCAACAUUACUGACUAGGGAAGGAGAUAGAAUUCGCAGCAAUGGAAAGUUUGGAGGCCUUCAAAAUAAAGCUCCUCCAAUGGACAAACUCAGAGGAAUGGUAUUUGGAGCACCAAUGCCAAAACUUUACAGUGCUCUUUCUGGACAGAUAGAUCUUCUUCAGCAAUACCGUACAGCUGUGGUCAAACUGCAUAGUGCUAAUCAGGAUCUUCAUUUACAGUUACAGUCCCUUAAUACUCCAGAGAUGCAAAAGAGAAAACAGGAGCUUGCUGAACGAGAGAAAAGUCUCAAGCUAAUAGAGGAGAAACUGGGCAUGACCCCAUCAGGUAAAGGCACUGAAUCAUUACUUCCGCUAGAAGCACUUGAUAUGUCUGACAGUCCCACUCCUCCCAAAAGAAUGAGAAGAUAAACAGUAAAAAAAAUUAUAUAGUUCAGAAGAAUAUCGCCUCUCCUAUGAAGAAGCAGCAGCCAGUGCAAACCUCCAUAGCAGAAUUGAGUGGGACCCUACGGAAGGGAAAGGCAUAGACCAAUCAGAUUUGGUGGAAAGUAAUUGUGUAUUGAAAAAUGUAAAUAAGCUCUAAUUUUUUGUAAAGUUAAUUUUUAUUUCUAUAAAAGCUUCCAGAGUUUUUAGUUUCUUGAAUGUGGAAAAGCUUUAAAAUAUACCCUUGUUUAUUUAUGCAAUAAAAUUGCUGCAAUACAAAGAGCACUGCAAAUACAAUAUGUUGUGGUGAUUUAAGGCUGCAGUAAAUGUAAUUAAAUAUGACUUUAAUUUUGAAAGUGUCUUAAUAUGUCUUGGAUAAGAGGUAGUUCUAGAUUGCCCUGUUCAAGUAGUUGAAGGAAGUCAUAAUUCUAAGGCAAAAAUUAUAUGGAUAGAGCAACAGUACAUUGAGAUUCAACCAAAGCAGAGUCCUUAGGCAGUUGACUUCAAACAAAGUCUAAGGUUCUGUCCAAGGAGUGGAAAUUAAGCAUUUGUGUACCUCAGAUGAUAUCAACAGAGGAGGCAAGGUUUGUCUUUAGCCACUAGACCUAGAACUUACAUUGAUAGAAGGCUGUAUUUCCAUAGUAUGGCUUGACAAAGUGAGAGACUUCAUGGGUGCCUGUAAAAAUCUUCUAUACAUAAAGCUGGAAAUUACAUUGCUGGUUGUGAUCGCCAGGCAUUUUUUUGUUGAUAUUUUAGUGAUAUAAACUAUUAUUAUUAUUUGCUUUACUGCAGCCCCUAUAAUGUGCUGUUUGCUUUCUGUGCAAUUAGGAAUAGAGUUCCUGCUCCAGAAAGCAAACAGUACAUGACAAGCAAUAGACAGUGGGUGGUGAAGAGAAAUAAAUAUACAGUGAAAGAAUUUUUUCAGAUUGUCCGCUGUUCCCAGUCUAUGUAGCCAUUGUUAGUUAGCCAGUUUCUUUUCAGCAUCAUGAUGAGAGAGGGAUGGGAGGCUAUAGAAGGUAGUGGCCUUACAAAUUCUGAGUUGAGAUCCAAUGCAUGAGAAAUGACAUGGAAGAAAGCACAAAGACAGUUUUAAGAGAAGCACACAAACAGGGCAUGGAGUCUGGUAGCUUCAGCUGAGGAGAGAGGAUACAUGGAGAUAUACCUAUCUCGUAGAACUGGAAGGGACCUUGAAAGGUCAUCACUAGCAGGACCAAGUACUGAUUUUGCCCUAGAUCCCUAAAUGGCCCCCUCAAGGAUUGAACUCACAACCCUGGGUUUAGCAGGCCAAUGCUCAAACCAUUGAGCGAGCCACUGAAUAGGACAAGCCAGAGAUAUGAAGGAGCUUGAAAGUGAGAACCAGGAGCUUGAAUUUGGAACAGUUGGAAAGUAGCCAGUAGAGAUAAUUGAAUGAGGGAAGACAUAAAGGCGAGGAAGAAGACCAUAGCAGCUGAAUUUCCUAUGGACUGGUGGGGGACAAUGAGUAUCAAAGGCCUGAGAGGAACAGGUUACAGUAAUCAAAAUAGGAUAUGGUGAAUGCCUGGAGAAAAAUUUUACAUAUGAAGACAGAAGUUAACGUUUUGAAAGUGUGUAAGCCUUACUGACUUUCACUAUAUCACUUAGCUGCUCUUGAAAAUUUUACACUGAAAACUCUGGAACUUAAAAAUGUUUUGGAGGAUGAAUUAAGAUUUGGGUAUGCCUUGGAUGUGUGAGGCGAAGGAAGGGGAGGAGUCAAAGAUGACCUCCAAGUUCUUCAGUUGAGUCACAUGGAUGGUGGUCAUGUGGUCAAUAUAUGACAAAAUGAGGAGUACUGGGCAGGAGGCAGGGGGCAUGAGUUCAGUUUUGGCCAAACUGAGUUUAAAUAAUUGGAGACAGGCUGAAGGAUACAGGUCAAGAGUGGAAAGGUAGAUUUGUGAGUCAGUGUAACUGUAUGAUGAAGAUUUAGAUGAAGCCAUGUGAGCAACUGAGAUUACCUAAAGAAAGGAUGUUGAAGGGAGUGAAAGGAUCAAGAAUGGGGUCCUGUGAGCUACACAAGCCUCAACAAAUCCAUUCCUGAAGUCAAACUUGAUAUUGAGAACCCAGGUUUCUUCACUACCCGUGGCAGUCUUCAGACUGUAACAUUGGAGACAUUUAUUUAUUCUCACUCAGCAACAAGGAAGUUAGAUAGCUUUUUAGACUGAAGCAUACUGUGCAACGCUAUCCAGGAGAGUAACAUUGCUCUCUUUCUUAGCUGAACUAGAGUAAGUUGGGAACAAAAUGAGCAACUUCAGGAAAAGCACCCUUUUCAAUGAUCUUGGAGAAUGCUGGUCAGUGGUGGAUAUUUUGUGAGUGACAUUUCUAAUUUAAAAAAAAAAAGACUUAAGUACAGAACUUAAUGAUCCACAUUUAUCUGUGGAGUUAUUCCAGGCAUCAGUUUGUUCCACUGCUUAUUUUUCUUUUUAAAAAAUCACAUAUAUUAACUGCAGCAAUAUAAAAUUAACUACAAGUGUAAUAAUAAAAAGUACUUCCAUCUGGUUAGAGUACCAGCCACCUCACAUUUAAUGGCCAUCAGAAAAAUAGGAACUAAAGGUAAGAUGCAUGUCUGCUUCCAUAUAAAUUUCAUUCUAGCCCCUAAAAUACAUAUAUUGAAGCACACCAGUCCAUUCUCUCACACUGCUUUUUUGUGUGUUUAUACGGUAUGUAUAAUUUAUUAGAACUAGGAAAAAUUGCACUGUACGUUGUUUUCUUAUGAAGUUAAAUAGCUAUUUAAUAAAAAAGGUUUGAAUGUUCAUGUAAUUACACAUGUAGAUAAUAAACAGACAACUGAAACAAUAUAGCUGUAAAAUAUUUGGUUUAUUCAGGACUAUUUAUAAUUAUAUAGUGUGAGUCCCUUAAGAGAAGCAUAUCCCAUGACAGGGGAAGAGCAGCCAGAUUCCAAAGAGAAAAUUGGACAAGUCUUGUAGUUUGGACAUAUCAUUAGCUUCUUUUUAGUAUGUGUGUGAAAUGGGGCACCAGAUGGCAAUGGUAAUCACUAUACUGAUUAUUUUAUUUGAGGCAAGAAGAAAACAAUAUAAACUAGUGUGAACUCCUGUGUAAUUUAGGCUAAAGAAUGUCACCCAGUAAUUUCUACAUCAAACCCACAACUUCUGUUGAUGUUUAGCAUAUCUUUUAGAAAUAUAUCCAGUCUUGACUUAAGGACUCCAAGUGAUGGAGAAUCUACCAUGUCCCUGGGUAAGUUGUUCGAAUGGUUAAUUAUUCUCCCUGUUAAAAAUUUGUACCAUGAUUGUAGUCUGAAUUUGUCUAGCUUCAGCCUCCAACCAUUUGAUUUUGUCUUUU